UCUAUAACGAAAGAAAGAGGCCACACAGCUUUUCUUCAUAUGGCAGCAGUCUCGUUUCUACGCUACUCAGUUCCUUCGCGGGUGUUCUCGUAUCCGACCCGACUCAUCCGGGUCACACCCACUUUCCCACGAUUCUCUUCCUCCGCCGCGUCUACUUCCUCCCCCGAUAAAUGGGAAUCGUAUCGGAAGAAGAAAGUCGUCAUCCGAAUUGGGUACGUGGGCACCGAUUACAGAGGCCUACAGAUUCAAAGAGACGACCCUUCUCUCAAAACUAUUGAAGGUGAACUGGAGGUUGCUAUAUACAAGGCUGGUGGGAUUCUAGAUAGUAACUAUGGUGAUCUUCACAAGAUUGGUUGGGCUAGAAGUAGCCGUACUGAUAAAGGAGUUCAUUCUCUGGCAACGACGAUAUCAUUGAAGAUGGAGAUACCUGAGACUGCGUGGAAGGAUGAUCCUCACGGCACUCUUCUUGCUAAAUCCAUUAGCAAACAUCUUCCUGACAACAUUCGAGUCUUCAGCGUUUUGCCCUCACAAAGGAGAUUUGAUCCACGAAGGGAGUGUACGCUUAGGAUGUAUUCUUACCUCCUUCCUGUUGAUGUUAUUGGGGUCAAGAAUAGCUUUACUUCAGAUGAGAUUGACCAUCACCUUUCAGAUUUUAAUGAUAUUUUGAAACAGUUCGAGGGUGACUAUCCUUUCCAUAACUAUACACAACGGUCAAAGUACAGAAGGAAAGCACAACAUAAGAUAACACAAAGAAACGGACGCCCUCCAAAGAAACCAAAAUCAAUCCAAGCAUCAGAGUCAGAGCUUACAGAGGAAAACAACAGAGAAAAUGAAGAAGAAAAAGUUGAAGUUGAAGAAGAAGAAGAGGAAGCAGAUGGUGUAGAAUCUAAUGAAGAUGUUGCUGAUUCUCAGGCUUACAUUCGUGCAAAAUGGCUACAUGAGCCAGACGAAACGGAUAAGCUGAGUGCAGCUCAUUUCAGAAAAGUGUUCCGAUGCAGUUGCGGGAACCUGGAGAGUUCACUUGGAUUCGGCUUUGUUGAGAUCUCCAUAUGGGGAGAAUCGUUCAUGCUACAUCAGAUACGGAAGAUGAUUGGAACAGCUGUGGCGGUGAAGAGAGAGCUGCUUCCAAGAGACAUCAUAAAACUAUCUCUGAACAAGUUCACAAGAAUAGUAUUGCCUCUGGCUCCAUCCGAAGUACUGAUCCUGAGGGGGAACAGCUUCGAAGUGCCUAAAGCGCCCGGGAAUUUCAGGAGGAGGCCGGAGAUAAAAGCAAUGGGGCAGUCAGAAGAAGUGGAGAGAGAAGUGGAGGGGUUUUACAGAGGGGUGAUGGUUCCACAGGUGAGUAGAUUCUUGGACUCAGAGGAAGCUCCGUGGAAAGAGUGGCUUGAGCAUUUGGAGAGGAACGAUGGUAUGAUUGAUGAGCAAUUGGAAGAUGUGAGAAGAGGUUGGGAGGAGUGGAAAGCAAAGCCAAGGGUUAUGACGAGGAGGACAGAAGGUGGUGAUAAAGAGUUUGGUUCUGUUUCAGUAGCUGUUCAUGAAGCUCUGCAUUAGUCUCACAUUUAUAUUUUAGACCGAAGUUAUGUUGAGGAUUAUUGUUUGAUUCACAUUGGCUCUCACUGUUUCAACACGAUGUUAAACUUUUUUUUUUGUUCU